CAGAGGUGCAAAAAGUGGGCGCGGGGCCGGCAUAGUCGCCGCUACCGCCCCCGGGCAUCGCCCCGGCCGGGCCCGGCACGUCGGGGCGGAGGCGCGACCCCUCGGCGCGGCGCUGGGCAGCCCGCCCUGCCAGGCGCGUUAUAAAAGCCGCCUCCAGGAAAGGGAGAAACUCCACGGGAGGAAAACAUCGCGGUGCGGUGCUGUUUAGCUGAAGUGCAGGCAUGACAUCCGUCCUGGGCAGCAGCAGGGCGUCGGGAGCGCCGAGCGGACAGCUGAAAUGCAAGUCCAAGAGGAGGCGGAGAAGGAGAUCAAAGAGGAAAGAAAAAGUAAGCAUACUGUCAACCUUUAUAGCACCCUUCAAGUACCUGAGUCCUGGCACAACCACCAUGGAGGAUGAAGACAAUUUAAGUACCAGCAGUGCAGAAGUAAAGGAAAAUCGAAACAUUGGCAACCUGGAGGAUCAUCCGAUAUCAUCUAAUGAGAGGGCAAGAGGGGGAACACCUAGCAGUAAGAGAAAAAGACCCUUAGAGGAAGGCAAUAAUGGCCAUUUCUGCAAACUCCAGCUCAUCUGGAAGAAAGUCUCAUGGUCAGUGACGCCAAAGAAUGCUCUGGUUCAGCUACAUGAACUAAAACCAGGUUUACAAUAUAAAAUGGUUUCCCAGACAGGUCCAGUGCAUGCUCCAGUCUUUGCUGUUGCUGUGGAAGUAAAUGGACUUACAUUUGAAGGCACAGGGCCCACAAAAAAGAAAGCUAAAAUGCGUGCUGCGGAGCUAGCUCUGAAGUCAUUCGUUCAGUUUCCCAACGCCUGUCAAGCUCACUUUGCUAUGGGGAACUGCAUCAACCCAUCCACAGACUUUACUUCUGAUCAGGCAGAUUUUCCAGAUACUCUGUUCAAGGAGUUUGAACCAUCUACACACAGUGAGGACUUUUCAGUCUAUAACCCCGUUAAUAAUGAAUUGCUUUCCACUGCUUAUCGACACGGGCGCUUACUCUGCCAUACGCUGGACUUAAUGGGCCACAGUAAGCAAAACAAGCACAAGAUGGCAUCCAAAGCAGAGAGUGAGAAGAACCCGGUGAUGCUGCUAAAUGAGCUGCGGUCAGGCCUGCGGUACGUCUGCCUGUCGGAGACAGUGGAGAAACAGCACAUCAAGAGUUUUGUGAUGGCGGUACGAGUGGACGGGAGAACAUUUGAAGGCUCAGGACGUAGCAAGAAGCUGGCCAAGGGUCAAGCAGCACAGGCAGCCCUGCAGGCCCUUUUUAACAUUCGGCUGCCCAGCCACAUUCCCAGCAGGAGUAAAUGUCACCAUUUGCCACAGGAUUUUGCGGACUCCGUAUACCAAAUGGUUGCACAGAAGUUCCAGGAGCUGACAGACAAUUUCACUUCCAUGCAUGCACGCCACAAAACUCUUGCAGGCAUUGUGAUGACCAAAGGUUUGGACAUCAGGCAAGCUCAGGUUAUUGUGCUGUCAUCUGGUACCAAAUGUAUAAAUGGAGAAUACAUUAAUGAUCAAGGGCUUGCGGUCAAUGACUGCCAUGCAGAAAUUUUGGCAAGAAGGGCAUUUGUUCACUUCCUCUACUCACAGCUGGAGCUACACCUAAGCAAACGACGAGAAGACUGGGAGCGAUCAAUCUUCGUACGAUUAAAAGAGGGAGGCUACAGGCUGCGGGAGAACAUCCUGUUCCAUCUGUAUGUGAGCACUUCACCCUGUGGAGAUGCGCGCCUCAACUCCCCCUAUGAAAUCACAACUGACUUGAACAGCAGCAAGCACAUAGUGAGAAAAUACCGAGGGCAUCUCCGAACAAAGAUUGAGUCUGGAGAAGGAACCAUACCUGUCCGGUGCCAUAAUGCUGCUCAGACAUGGGACGGCGUGUUGCUGGGAGAGCAGCUCAUUACCAUGUCCUGUACAGACAAAAUUGCCAGAUGGAAUAUCCUUGGGCUCCAAGGUGCUCUCCUCAGUUCCUUCAUCGAACCCAUGUACUUACACAGCAUCAUUGUGGGGAGCCUCUACCACACUGGUCACCUUUCCCGGGUAAUGAGCCAUAGAAUAGAAGACAUUGGUCAGCUGCCAGCUUCAUACCGGCACAAUCAGCUACUUCUCAGUGGGAUUAGCCAUGCUGAUGCUCGGCAGCCCGGAAAAUCUCCCGGCUUCAGUGUGAACUGGAUUGUGGGGAGCACCGACCUGGAGGUUAUCAACGCUACAACAGGGAAGAGGACCUGUGGGACUCCCUCACGACUCUGCAAGCACAUGUUCUUCGCUCGGUGGGCAAAGCUUCAUGGAAAGCUGAGCACACGAGUACCGAGCCAUGGAGACAUGCCAUCAGUGUACAGCGAGGCAAAGCUGGUGGCUCAGACAUACCAGUCUGUCAAGCAGCAGCUGUUUAAAGCGUUUCAGAAAGCUGGUCUGGGCACCUGGGUGAAGAAACCCCCAGAGCAAGAUCAGUUCCUACUAACUGUAUAAAUCACUUGACACGUCUGCUACAUGACUGGAUCAAAUCAGCUGGAGAGAAGGCUAGGCAGGACGCGUGAGUCGAGAGAAUUGAAGAAGUUUGAGAUUUAAUAGCAACCUCCACAGGAAUAUUUGCUUUUAAUUCUGCAUUGGAAAUACAUGAAUAGAAAUGUGUCUGAUGCACUGAACUCAACUUUAGAAAACUGCUUUUUCAUUAUCCCUUCCCAAGAAUGUACCUGCCCAAAUUAUAGUGCUACCCUCACAGAGAUUCCGCUUUUCAUUGUUAAUUGCUGUUGGCUAUUCCUGAUUUGAGGUGCUAGCAAACCACCUGCCUGAUCCAAAAUAGAGUUUGUUUUCCCUCACACAAUCAGUGCAAGAGUCAUCACUGAAUAAUGGAAAAUAGUGAGCAAAGCUGGAAGUACCCCAGGCACACAGCAUGACAGCAGGUCUCAGAGCAUCCAUAAUCAUCCACAAAAAAGGUGCCUAACUUCUAUGCAAAAGUCAUCCUGUUAGCUGCCCAAAUCUGUAAGACAGAAUUUGGCAAUUUUUAAACUAUGUUUUCCACCUCUGACUCUGAGCACAAAGCCAGGUGUAAGGAUUCCCUUAGUUUUUACACUUUUUCCCUCUGAUGCCUUGGACAGACCACUUCCUACCAAAUCUCCAAAUCUGGCCACAAGUUUUGCACACCACAAGUUUUAGUUACCCAGGCCCAGUUCAUCACACCUGCCCUUUAGAUACCAGCUGGGAUGCAGAUGAUUGUCAAGAGGGCGAUUCAACCCUGUUCUGCCUGCAGAGGUGCACAGCUCUGUAGGGGCUGAGAGUGGAGGCCAGCAUGAUGAUGUUCCUCACUCUGCAGUUUCAGGUAGCUGCCUAAAAUCAGGCAGGC